ACACUGUUUUUACAUUUUACACUCACAAUGUCCGAUCAGCAGGAUGGGGCCGAGCAGGAGCCGAAUGCAAUGGACCGGGAGUUUGACGAGUUCUGGGACAAGGUCAGCUGCUACGUUGUGGCCAACUUUCCGUAUGACGAGAGAUGCGACUUUGUGCUGAACGCCACGACUUGCAUAACCGACACCAUAUUCGUGCCCUACAUGCGGAUGCUGGCGUGCGAUCUAAAGUGCCGCAACCAAUUCCAGGAGCUCGUCUACCUCACACUCUUUGUGGCCUUCUGCCUGCAGCUGCUGAUGUGCCUCACCCAUGUGGUGGAUAUGUACUACAGUCCGGCGCUGAAGGUCGUCUCACAGUUGUUGCACAUGAACGAGCAUUUGGCGGGUGUCACGCUGAUGGCAUUUGCCAACACCUCACCCGAUCUGGCUGCCAAUUUGGCGGCCAUCAAGCAGGAAGUGCCCGUGUUUGCCAACUCCCUAGCCAUGGCCCUGUUUGUGUCGAUGUUCACCGGUGGAAUGAUCUGCUACAUCAGCCCCUUCAAGAUGAACACCCACGGAACGGUGCGCGAUAUUCUGUUCUUUAUGCUGGGAGUGGCUCUGCUGGAGUAUGUAAUGGUCUCCCACGGUGCGGUGACCAUGAACGAAUGUUUUCUGCUGGUUAUGGUCUACAUAUCGUACAUUGUAGUAAACAUCUUGGAUGUUUAUCUAAUGCGCAAAGCCAUGAUUACACUGGAACACCAAAUGGCCGAACUGCAGGAUCAGCCAUUCACGCCGGAGGUCAGAAGAAAGCUGGAAAAACUCCAAGAGCAAUAUUCAGAAUAUGCCGAAGAUGCCACGGUCGAGAUAUUGGAGAGGCCUGACAGUAAGGUGCGAGGCUCGAUUGUCAAUCCCCUCAGCGAUAAGCUCUCCUUCGCCACCAAGCGUGCCUCGCGGGUGCGCCUCAGCGUCAAUCCUCAGGCCACACGGAGUGUUUUUUAUAAUCUAACAGCUGGCCGCAACCACGGACUGUUGAUGGAUUUCUUCAAGACACUGAAUCCCAUUGAUGUCGCGGAGUGGCGGGAGAAUAACAUGUUUGGGCGUGCCUUCCAGCUGGCCAUGGCGCCGGCAAAGUUUCUGUGCGCCGCCUACAUACCGCUCGUGGACCAUGAGAUGGAGAAGCACGGCUGGAGCAAGCUGCUCAACUGCAUCCACACAUUCCUGAAUCCGGCCAUCACCAUUGUCGUCUCCAUGGCGUUGCUCUCCUCCGAUAAGAAGAAACUUUGGUACUGGCAGCUGGGCAACACAUACAUCUACGGCCUGUACUCCUGUGCCAUCACCGUGCCCGUGGCCCUCGUGGUAUUUGCACAUUCCCGUAGCGAUGUGCCGCCCAUCUACCACUGGCUGUACACGAUCAUGAACCUGACCGGCUCCACCUUCCUGAUCUUUGUGUGUGCUUCGGAGAUCGACAAGCUGCUGGGCGUGGUGGGCAACAUAUUGAACAUAGAGGAGGACUUUAUGGGCGUCACAGUCAACGCCAUUACUCAGGCCUUGGGGGAUCUGGUGGCCAACACGGCCAUGGCCUAUCAGGGCUACGAGAAGAUGGCCUAUGCGGCAGCCAUCGGCGGUCCCUUCUUCAAUGUGCUGCUGGCCACGGGCGCUGUUAUGUAUGCGAAACUAAAUAUUGGCAUGGAGGUGACCAUUCAGGAGCAGACGGGACAGUAUGGUACCAAUGCGUACAUUUUCCUCAAUCUUGGCCUCUUUGCCACGCUGCUGUGGACCUCAACGCUGGACUUUUUUGCCCGCCGCUCCAUGGGCGUGUUCUCGAUGGGCAUUUACUUUCUGUUCCUAGUGUUUGCCUUGCUAACGCAUCAGAAUGUCAUUCACUCGUUUGCCCAUGAUCCGACUGUGGAGCCAUCGCUUUAUCUCGACUGACUGCAUAUCCAUUUGAUCACUCAAAGACUUGACAGAACUACAGAGUAAAUGGCAUAUCCAGGCUCUGUGUGUAUGCCUUUUACCAUGUAAAUUUCCAUGCAGACAAUUGCUUGGCUGCUUGGCUGCCUGCCAUCGUCGAGACUAGUACUUAAGAGUUGUUUCCAUUUGGCAAGGGAAACCGAAUAAAUAUCAUAACGAAGCAGCUGCGCCCUAGUAUGGGUAGUUCAAUGUAUAACUAAUAA